CUGAGCUAAAGAUAAGAGAGACGUUGUUUACUUUCUUUUUCUGCAUUGUUUUCGUUGUCGUUUUUUUUCCAAGCGUGACGACGAGAGCUUGAAGAACACGAGAUCUCCUUGUGAGUGUGAGGGUUGAUUUGUUGAGUGAGAGAGAACAGAUUCGAUUCUUUCAAUCUCUGUAACCAUUUUGUAUAUCUUUUGCUCCAGUUCGAACUUUUCGUCAUGGUAGAACAGUCUUCCGAAGAUGCCAAUCACAUAGCGAAGCUUUGGGAGUUUGAACAGAGCCUGAGAGAGUCUACGGACAAGUCUCAGUGUGUUAGAGAAUAUGAAGGGAUUAUCAACUUCUCCAAAAGGAGCAUCGAGACCAUGGAGCUUGGAGCUGAGCUAAUUACUAAGUACUUCCACUUUUUCCACACUCACUCAAAGCAAGCUUUUAAGGCGUACAAAGCUAUAAUCGAGAAAGUGGGUCCUAAGAUACGAGUUCAAGCCAUCAAGAAGCUUCCGCUGUUCUGUAAAUUUACACCUGAGCUUGUAUCUGACAUAAUUGGUGUCCUAGUCUGGUGUCUAGAUACUGAUCAACAGGAGCAGCUUGAUGCUGUACAUGAGACGUUUUUGACACUAUUUCAGCAUAACACAUUACACAAUUUAAUCGAAAAGAGCCUAGGGAAAGUAAGGGGAGAUGAAAUCAAGAUGGUUACGAAUUUCUUGACAAGUUUGAGUAAAUUUGGACUGAAAGCUCCUCAAGAAAGAAUACCCGAACUUGUAGAAAUUGUUGAACGGCAGGUUGAUUUGGAUGCAAAGUUUAAUAUUCAAGAUGCAGAUUUUGUUGAGAGGUUGAUACCAUACCUGCAAUCGGCUCUUCCAUUCAGUGUGAGAUGUGGUACAGAUACGAAAUUUCUUAAUUUCUUGAAAAAGCACAUCAUGCCCGAUUUUGACAAGCUUCCAGGGUCGAUGAAGCUUGAUUUGCUUAAAGCUCUUGCUGAGAGCUCGCCACACACAACAUUUCUGGAUGCAGUCCAGAUGCUUCCCUCGAUAGUUCAGCUUUUAAAGAAAUACAUGCCUGCCAAGAUGACUGUGGAAAAAUUGGACUCCAUAUAUGUUGAGUGCUUAUUAUACAUGUUUCAUCAUAUGGCGCACAAGGUUCCUUAUGCAACAAACAGCUUAUGCGGGUACAAAUUUGUGACCAGGAUACCAUCAGAUAGAAUAGGGGAUGAUUUACCGAAGUUAUACAAAGAAUUCACUGAGAGAUUGACAGAUCUUGAGGAACUAAUCAAAGCAUCAAUGGAGAAACUGAUACAGGAGAUGAGUGACAAUGACAAAGCCAAUUUGGCUUCUAAUCCUAUGAAUGGUGACGAGGAGGCAGACUUGUAUACGAACAGACAGGAUAUAAAAACUAAAAUAAGGUCAUGCAUUAACAUUCUCGCAAUGACAGAGGUUUUGCAUGCAGAAACGCCUUCCUUGAUCGGGGACACCCGUGUUGUAAAGCUUUCUUGGAAAGAAGCCACAAAGCCAUUAACCUAUGCAGGACCAGUAUUUUACAGAGGCUCAACGUCUAACGAAAACCUUCCAGUCCCUCCUAAUAUGGAGGCGUUUGAGAAUCUUAUGGAACAUCUUCCUGAGCACGUACUCUUUGGACUAGAUAAGACGGGAAUCUGCUUUUUAGAAGAUUUCCAUGUUGAAGAGCUUGUGGGUUUAUCUGGACUUAGACUAGCAAAAGAUACGUCGCCAGUGACUAAAUUUACCUUAUAUGACGAUCAUGAACUUGCUUGUAUCCUUUGGAAGAUAAACAAAAAGAAAUUAUUAAAAUUUCUGACGACCAAGUCAUGGAAAGUAAUCCUAGGUUACAUAAGAAAUCAGUUCUUACACCUGAUUUGUUGGGCCUAUGCGUCUUCAGACUUAGUUAGUGCUACUAUGAUUAUGCGCAAUUGGGAGGAAAGAUAUAUUCCUCUUUGUGCAUGGUACCUAUGCGCUUUUUGCCGUCCUGAAUAUCUUGAUCGUGAUGAACAAGCUGCGGAAGGACACGAUUGUUAUGGAAAUUCAAUGAAGGAUUGCCUGUUAUACAUAAAAGAAAAAGGGAUUCCUUUGGAAAUCUGCAAAGAGUUUGAUUGUCAGGACUAUGAGCCUCCAAAUGCAGACGAACCACAGAUGCACAAAAGAAGAAUAAAGUCGAUUCGAACCAUCGACUCAUUGGAGGAAGCAUUGCUACUACUUCCAAAGUAUCCUAUAGGAGCAGACUUAGUUACUUUUGAAGAUGAGUUGUGGAAACCAGGAGAUCAGAUUUAUUCGGGUCCGGGACCAAAAUCCUAUGGUUGUUGCUCAUAUCAUGGAGUGAUAAUAGCGGAGAUUGAGGAAUGUGAUGAAGACGUCGUCGCUAUUUGUAAGAUGAGUAACGGAACUGAAGUUGCCGAUAAAGGAUAUGUGAGGGUUUCUCUAACGACAGUGUACAUGGUUGCGGGUGUAUGUCCUGAAGAAAGCCCCAAUGUCCGGGCUACUCCUAAACCGAUGCAUCUUCUCUCUAAUUUCAUCAUCAUCGAUAUGGAUGAGAAUGGAAAAGGCAAAGAGAAAGAGAGAGAAAGAGAGAAAGAAACUGAAAAUCCAGAAGAGAAUCAGGAACAGAAUUCAGAAGAGAAGCCGAAAGAGAAUCAGGAACAGACCCCGGAAGAGAAGCAGGAAGAACAUAAGCAAUAUCCUGAUUUAAAUGCUUCACGUAACAAGUUUCAUAACUUCUUGCGCAAGCACAUCAUGCCUGAUUCUGACAAGGUACAAGUUCAAGCCAUCUGUAAGCUGCCGCUGUUCUGCAAAGAUACACCUGAGUUUGUAUCUGAAAUAGUUGAUGUUCUAGUACAAUGUCUAGACACUGAUCAACAGGAGCAGCUUGAUGCUGUGCAUGGGGCUUUUAUGUCAUUAUUCCAGCAGGACACAAAGGCAGCAUCUUUAACAGCAUUGUUCAAGCAUACUGAGGCUAAUCUUACUACUGAUCAAAUCUGUGUAAAGGUUUUGCACUAUAUCAGAGAUAAGGUGCUCCCUCUCAAAGGGGAACUGCUAAACCCACAAGAAGAAAUUGAAAGACAUAUAACCGAUUUAAUCAAAAAGACCCUAGGGCAUGUAAGUGGAGAAGAAAUCAAGAUGUUUAUGGCUUUCUUAACAAGUUUGAGUAUAUUUGGGGUGAAAACUCCUCAAGAAAGAAUGCAAGAGCUUGUAGGAAUUGUUGAAGGGCUGGCUAAUUUGGAUGCAAAGUUGAAUGUUUCAGAUGCAUAUUGUCUUGACAGGUUAAUAUUAUACCUGCAAGUGGCUCUUCCAUUCAUUGUGAGAGGUGGUUCGGAUAGCAAGUUUCUUAACUUCUUGAAAAGGCACAUCAUGCCUAUUUUUGACAAGCUUCCAGAGCCGAUGAAGCUUGAUUUGCUUAAAGCUCUUGCUGAGAGCUCGCCACACAAAACAGCUCUGGUAGCAACCGAAAGGCUUCCCUCAAAAGCUGAGCUCUUAAAAGUUUUGCAUGGAGAGGCGCCUUCCUUUAUCAGCGACACCAGUGUUGUUACGAAGCCAUCAGCCUCUACAAUUACUUUAGGAAAACGGCCUGCAGAUGGAGCCGGUAAUGACGUAGAUGCAAAGAAGGCCCGUACAGAGUCAUCAAGUUGUGAUCAAAGGAUUUGAGGCUAUCUCUUACAAUGGUGGUGAGCCUAUCUGACACUUCUCUUUCUCUAAGGAUUCUCUAUGACACUUGUAUUGCCGGUUCUUGUAAAACAGAGUAUUUCUUUUUCUCUCUAAGCCAAGUAACAAGUUUUUGUUGGGUUAUUAAGGCUCCUUAACAUUUCGACAAACACCAUUAGUGUCGUUGGAAUCUCUUUUGUUAUCUUACUCGACAUGACUAAUAUAAUUCUUUUGUUUUUAUAAGUUUCUCUUAUC